AUGAAGCACAAGUAUACUGAUGACAAGAACCCCGCGGAGGCCAUGUUCACGCAGCCCUUUGGCAUUUCAUGGCGCAAGGCCCUCGUCAGCCUCCCCCGCCUUGUCCCCGACUUUGUCCUCAAUUUCACCACUUCCGAGGGUCCGCAGCCCAUCGUCUUUGAGAUCCCCUCACGCGGCAACCAUCUGAUCCCCGUUUAUGUCUGGGUCCCACCUGUGCGCAAGCACCGUCACCAUUUAUUUCACCACCAGAAAAACACCGCCGGCGGUCAUCUGAAGAACGCCCUGCGACCGAUAGGGAUCGACGAAGACUACGAGGGCAAAUUGCCCGUCCUGAUCGAUUUUCAUGGCGGCAGCUUCAUCCUCGGCUCAUGCCAGGAGCAAGCUCCCUUCUGUGCCCGGAUGUGCCGUGAGCUGAACUGUAUUGUCAUCUCGGUAGACUACAGGCUCGGUCCGUAUGCGCAGUUCCCUGCAGCCAAUCUUGAUGCUGAAGAUGUCGUCCUUGCCGUAAUCGACUCUAGCAACAGAGCGUUCAAGCCGCUCAGAGAAGGGAUAAUGUGGGAGAUGCUGAAAGAAGGGCGCAAACCCGUCGAACUGGACGAGCGGAAGAUCGCCUUUUCAGGAUUCAGCUCCGGAGGAAAUAUUGCUCUGAACCUGGCCAUCAGUAUCAAGGACGACCCGACGAUGGAGACCGAUUGGCUAAGUCCGCUGCCUUGGGACUGGGCGAACGACAUUCCAAUCCUCCUGUUCUAUCCCAGUCUGGACGCCCGACUUUUACCGCACGAGAGGCCCAGGCCGGAAGGUCUGGAUCCGCCCACUGGAUUCGUCGAACGCUGGAAGAUCGAGAAGGAAUUGAUGCCUACGUACCUGCCUCCGGAGAAGAGGUGUCAUCCACGAGCAAGCCCCGGCCUCGCAGACAUUCGACCCAAGAACGGCCCCGAAAACUUCGGCCUCCACCCGAAAGCCAAGAUGCUCUUGAUCCUGCCGCAGUUCGACUCGCUGAACGCGCAGAGCCUGACUUGGAUCCAGAAAGUCCGCGACGAGGGCCGAGGGGAAGAUCUGGUCGUCGAGGAAGUGAAAGGUGUGGUGCACGGGUGGACACAGUUCCCCGACUCGUGGAUCAGCGAGCCGGAGCGCAAGUUGAAGCUUGACGCGUUCCGCAGGGCGAGGGUCUUUCUCGAGGACUACUGGCACCUGGACAGCAGGCUUGUGGAGUUUGAGGUUAUUCGUCAUGAUAAGGACGGCGCGGCUGGACAUACCGUAGAUGUCGCCGCAGGGUCACAGCAUUUGGGAGAAGCGUGA